ACAGGGGUUAAACAUUGUGCCAUAGUUUAGGCAGGAAAAUGAGUUUUUUGUUCGGAAAUCGUUCCUCCAAAACUUUUAAGCCGAAGAAGAAUAUUCCAGAAGGAAGUCAUCAACAUGAACUUAUGAAACAUGCAGCUGCCACACUUGGAUCAGGAAAUUUGCGGCUUGCUGUAAUGCUUCCUGAAGGCGAGGAUAUCAAUGAGUGGGUGGCGGUCAACACUGUGGAUUUUUUCAAUCAGAUCAACAUGCUGUACGGUACAAUUACUGAGUUCUGUACAGAAGCUAGUUGUUCCGUAAUGUCAGCUGGUCCUAAAUAUGAGUACCACUGGGCGGACGGGAAUCAAGUCAAGAAACCGAUAAAAUGUUCAGCUCCCAAGUAUAUAGACUUCUUGAUGACGUGGGUUCAGGAUCAGCUGGAUGAUGAAUCUCUAUUCCCUAGCAAGAUCGGAGUUCCAUUCCCUACCAACUUCCUCAUCAUCGCUAAGACAAUAUUAAAACGUCUGUUCCGAGUUUAUGCCCACAUUUACCAUCAACAUUUCAAGGAGGUUGUAUCUCUAGGAGAAGAAGCUCAUCUUAAUACAUCCUUCAAACACUUUGUUUUCUUUAUCCAGGAGUUUGAACUAAUUGACCGGAAAGAACUGGCCCCUCUUCAAGAUUUGAUUGAUCGAUUGACCAAAGCCAAAUCAUAAACAAGAAUUCCUCCGCUUUACAUUUUAUCAUCUUUUUUUUACAAAACUUUGAGUUUUGAAUAUUUUUAACAAAUUCCAACUUUGACAAUAUUGUAAAAU